AUGCUGCCGACGCUCCUCGACCACCUCUCUUCCGCCCUCGCGACAGUCCCAGGCUCGCACGCGUACGCGGUCGACGUGCUCCGUAGCCAGCCACGACGAUCGCAUGCCCUUUUCCCGCACGCUUCGAACGCAAAGACGGCAAAGGUGUGGCACGAGGAGGUGUUUGUGGUCGUGAGCGAGAAGAGGGAGGCUGUCGUCUCGGCGGAGAGCGCAGUGCAAACCAAGACGGGGGCAGCUGGAGGGCAAGUGGAGAAGGACGCGCUCGGCGGCCAGGGGAGCGCAGCUACGGGCGUUGCGAGCGCAUCCACCGAUGUUCCUCCCGUUGCGUCGAUUUCUUCCGCGGCGAACGGCUCGAACGGGACGAGCGAGACGUCGCAGAGGACAGAACAACGACACGUCCCCGUCGCCGGCCUCGAAGCGUCCCUUUACACCAUCCCGUCGACCUCGACCUCGCUCCUCUACAUCUCGAAAGUCGAUACUUCCGGCCAUUCACCCCCUUCCUCUGGACCUUCGCCUACUCGCACCCUCGCAUCGUCGUUCAUCUCUUACUUCCUCCUCCACCCGCCGCAUGGCUCGACGCGGGUGCGCGUCCACAUCUUUGCUCGCGCGCAAGGACAGUACCUCUUCCCUGGCAGCGUCGACAACGAGGGCAAGAAGGUGCUCGACGACAAGGGCCUGAUCCGAUGGUGGAAGAGAACCAUCGAGAAGGCGACGCUCGAGGUGCAGGCGGCGAAGCAGGCCGUCCAACCGCCUUCUCCGCUCAAGCUCUUCUACCUCGUCCCGGGGUUGAGCUACCUCGAAUCCCUCCCCUACGUUCCCGCCGCCACUUUGUCGCCAUCCAUCGCCUGGACCUACUCGCAUCCCUACUCGGCCCUCUCCUCUCCGUUGCAUGCACCUGCCCCGCCUAUAGCUCACCCUCUUACCGAUCACAUCCCUUCCUUCCCCGACGACCCCAAAUCCCGCUUCCUCCAUUCCCUCACUUCCUCCUCCGUCUCCUCCUCCGGCACACCAGGCGACUACGACGACGUCUUCCUCUCCCUCGCGAGCAACGCGUUCGCGACUGGCCAGACACCCGCUCAGAUGCUCGCAGACGUCGAGCGCGGACUCGAGCGGGAGCGGAAGCGUCUCAUCGAGGGUGUGCCAGGUGGCGUCGAGGAGUGGUGGGAGCGAAUGGCGUUCAGGCAGGAGUGCUGCGCUGGGCAGCUGGUCGGCUUCUUCGUUGUCGCAGCGGGCGAACCCGAUCUCUCAUCCGUCCCCGUCUCUCCCGUCGCCGCGCCGCCGUCGCCGACAAAGUCCGCUUCGUCCAACUCGUCCGCUACGACCGGCGCACCUCGUCCCGCCCCGCUUUCUCUCCGCCCGACGGUCUACACCAAGCUCUGGUCCGUCCUGCACAACUUCGACUAUUCACUCCCAGCGCUACCGAAACUCGCGGAAGCAGUCGAGCGCUGGGAGGAAGGACUGGAAAAGGCACUGAAGGCGGAGGAGGACGGCGAAGGGGAGGAAACGCUGAAUGAGGAGGAGUGGAAGAAGCGGUACGAGCGAGAAGUGCGGCGGGAAGUCAAGGUGGAGAAUCCUUUGCCAGCGGUGGUCGCAGGAGCGGGCGAGAAGCGGGCGGCAGACGGUGAGGCGGGUCAGGAGGCGGACAAGCCGAAGGUCAACAUGCUCGCGCCAAGGAAGAAGAAGAAGGUAAUUCCUGCCGCAUGA